AUGCUGUUGAGGGACAUUCAAGAAACAAGGAUCUAUUGGUUACAAAUAGGGGGAUUUUGUAACAUUGUUCCAUGCUUAGGAUGUGACUCAAGUCUAUCUAAAGCUUCAUUAGAGUUGAUACUUGAGUUAGUUCUUGAGGAGUCCAGCCAAAAUAUGGAUCAUGCAAGGGAACUUUCUCAACAAUGUAAUCCAGUUUCCUUUCUUGUUAUCAUCUUAAAGGGUUCAGACGUGGCGUUAACAGAAAAAGCAGAAGACAUCUUGCAAAAACUUGUAGAUAUUGAUGACAAAAAUGCUAUUUUGGCUGCAAAAAAGGAAUGGUAUAGACCUCUUGUUGGUAGGAUCGUUCAAGGUCCAAAAGAAACAAAAAUGGCAAUGCUAAGAGGGAUUGUUGAUUUGGAGCUUGAAGAACAUAACACAAAGCUCCUAUGUUCGCUAGGUUUAAUUCCACCUUUGCUCGAAAUGGCAUCUGCUGAUCUGGAAUCAAAAGAAGUAUCGUUAUCAAUGCUUGUAAAGCUUUUAACAAAUUCAGACAACAAAACCCUUUUCACAGCUUCUGAUGGAGUCCCUCUAGUGCUCAACCUAAUGCGCUCUUUACCUUUACCAUUUCUCAUCCUCUCCAAAUGCUCUCAAAUCCUCGAAAAACUCACCUCUAAUGGCGAUGGAAUCAAGUUUCUUGUGGACAUUAAUGGCGUCAAGCUUAAUUUAGAGUCAUUAGUCGAGAAUUUAUUAGCUUUUUUACAAAAUUCGAGAUUACCUUACACUGUAUUGAGGCCGGUGUUGCGUGUUCUUUUUAAAAUAUGUGAAUCGGACGUCGGACUGGUGAAAACCGCCGUGGUCACCGCUAGCGGUGUUUCUCUUGUUCUAACGCUUCUGGAUCACUCCGAUAGCGAAACACGCGAAGCCGCCAUCAACCUCUUGUUUUUAUUCUCGAAUCAUGAACCGCAGGGAGUGGCGGAGUUCCUUUUAAAGCCGAGAAGACUCGAGGCUUUCAUCGGUCUUCUUGAAAACUCCGGGAAAAGCGACGUACAAAAGGCUGCGGUUGGUUUGCUAGCGAACGUUCCGAAAUCGGAAGUUGAAUUGACAAAAAAACUAAUUGAGUUGGAAGGACUUAAAGCGAUUAUAGACAUACUGGAAUCGGGAAGCACAGAGGCGAAAGAGAACGCUUUGAGUGCGCUUUUCCGGUUUACAGAUCCGACGAAUAUCGAGUCUCAGAAAAUAGUCGUCGAGCUCGGGACCUACGGUUUACUUGUGGAUUUUCUUAAAAAAGGUUCGGUGACAGCAAAAGCACGCGCCGCUGCUCUAAUCGGUGAUCUCUCGAUGCGAAGCUCCGAACUCACCGUGACCUCAAAGUCAAACCGGUGGUGCUCGUGUUUCGGCCGCACCGGUGCCGCCAUGUGCGCCGCCCAUGGCGGGAUCUGCAGCGUGAAGGGUACGUUUUGUGUUUUGGAGGCGGGGGCGUUACCGGAGCUGGUGAAGCUGUUGCAUUCUGAGGUCCAUGCCACAACGUAUGAAGCAAUUCAGACGCUUUCGACUUUGGUACAGAAGGAGUCGCCUCGGAGAGGUGCUCAUGUUUUGCAUGAUUGUGGGGCGGUGGUUCCGAUUUUGGAGGUUUUAAAUUGGGGGUCGGAGUCGUUGAAGGUGGAGGCUUUGGAGGUGUUGGAGAAACUGUUUAUGUUGACGGAAAUGGUUGAUUGGUAUGGUGCGGGCGCGAGAAUACCUCUUGUCCGGUUGACCGGAGGUAGUAUUCAUGAAGACGGUCAUCUUCAUCGGAAAGCUGCUAAAGUUUUGUUGCUCAUUGAGCGUCAUUUGCGUCGCUCGUCGACUUCACUUGUUGCCGGAUUCAACGGGUAAAGAGGGUG